AAAUUUUCUAUUAAAGUCCUUUUACUUCUGGCAACGCUGCGAAAAAACUAAGAAAAAAUAAUCUUUUUUUAAGUAUUGCUUUGUUAUCGAAUGGAUCUUCUUGUGGAAUAGAUAAGCCAAAAUAAAUAAAGCAAAUAGAAAACUAAAUAAAUCCAGCAAAUAGGGGAGACGUAGAAUAAACGGACAAAUUCUGUCAAGCUAGCCAGCACAACCUGUUUGUGGAUUUAAAUCUUGAUUCAAAGCUCUAUUGGAUAAAAUAUUUUUCGUUUUAUUUAUUUAUUUUUUUUAACAUGGGUCGCGUGUUCUUGGAACACUUGGGUGGUGUUCGUUUAAUCAAUUGUGCACAAUGUCAAGUUAAUUUAACCAAUCGUAAUCAGUUACUGAGCACUCGUUUCACAGGGGCGACGGGUCGAGCUUAUCUCUUCAAGCGUGUUGUAAACUUAACAUUCAGUAAUAUACAAGAACGUGUCAUGCUGACGGGACGUCAUAUGGUGCGUGAUGUAAUGUGUAAAAAUUGCAACGUUAAACUGGGUUGGAUGUAUGAAUAUGCCACAGAAGAAGCACAAAAAUAUAAAGAAGGCCGUGUUAUUUUGGAAUAUGCUCUGAUAAAUGAAGCCGAAGGUUAUCCCAAUGAAAGUGGAAGCUCGAGUCAUUAAAUUAUUUCAGUCAAUUGAUCAAUCAUAAUUAAAAAACCAUCCUUCAUAUUAAUUUCAUUCAUGUUAAUCUCUUAAUAAUUUAAAAAUAGGAAUUUAUACACUUGCUUCUGGGCGUAAGGUAAACUUUUGUUAUAGGUUAGAUGUUGUGUACAAAAUCAAGGAAAUUUUAAAUGUGAAACAUUCUAGCUUAUCGUACGCUCCUAACUGACAUCAUUGUCUAUUUAAACCAUUGAGAGAAGGCAAUGUGUAGAAUACGAUUUAAUAUACUAUAUAUUUUAAAUAACGUAAACAUGAAAAUUUUUCUAAAAGAGAAAUUUAAAUUGAAAUAUA